AUGACUUCUCCAUUUGUUUUGGUGAAGAUUCUAAAACUAUAUCAAAAGGAAUAUUAUGAUGAAUAUGUUUUGCCUUUAUUACGUAAGCCAAAAAUAACAUUUGAUAUCAAACUUGAUGACUCGUUUUUGAUAACAGAUAUUAGACGCAAGGCUGAAAAUCAUCAGUAUAAAAACAGUUCUGAAGUAAUUGAGGAUUUAUCACGUGUAAUCCGUUUUGUAGAUUGUGGAAAUAAAUAUUUCAUUCAAAAGGAUUACAACAUACACGACAAAAUGAAUCAAAUAUCAUUCGUUCUUCAGUCAAACAUGAAAGAGUCACUCAAAAUGAUUAAAUUAUUUAAAGAAGAAGGUAAAACCAUAACAGCAUGGGAUGUACUAUUAAAUCAAUUGUCUUCAUUAACCGUUAAGGGUGUUUGCUUUAAAUCUGAUUCCCCAGAUGUUUUCUCAACGUUUCAAGGUUAUAAAUACAACAUUCUCGAAAAACCAGAUUACUCAAAAAUUGAGAUGUUUAUGAAUUUCAUUAAAGAAGCCAUUUGUGAUAAUAACGAUGAAGUGUAUAAAUACCUUCUCGGUUGGAUUGCAUCAAUGAUUCAACAUCCUGGAAUCAAGAAUGAAACAGCAAUUAUUUUGAAAGGACUUCAGGGAACGGGUAAAAACAGAUUUACAGACAUUAUUUCUGAACUUCUCGCUGGUUAUUCAUGCAAAAACAUUACUGAAAUAAGUGAGCUAACGGGUAAUUUCAACUCAGUAGUUGAGAAUAAAAUGUUUCUUGUACUUAAUGAACUCAAGAAUGUUGGUGAAGACAGACUCGCAAACUUCAACGCUUUGAAAUCAAUUAUUACGGAUAAUGAGAUUAGAAUUAAUGAAAAGAAUCAACCCAGAAGAACUGCUCAGAAUGUUGCAAACUUCAUUUUCGUAACUAAUAACGUUUACCCUGUCAAAAUUGAAGUUGGAGACAGAAGAUACGUAGUUUUAAGAGUUAAUGGUAAAUUCAAGGGUCAAUUUGAUUACUUCAAGAAUUUAAUGGAUUCAUGCACAAAGGAAUUUUAUGAUAACCUUUUAACAUAUUUUAUGCAAUAUGACCUUUCAUCAUUUAAUGUACGAAUCAUUCCGAUGACUGAAGCCAAACAAGAUUUAAUUGAAUUAUCAACAAAUCCUUUAGAUGAAUGGAUAAAUACACAUUAUGAUGAAUUAUGUGCAGGUAUGACGUGUAAAAAUGCUCUAUUCUGCAAACCAUCAGACAUGAAAGACAAAAACUUUCAAAUGAGCAUUAAGGAUAAAUGUGAAAGGAAACAAAGAAAAAUAGAUGGUAAACAAACAUGGUAUUAUGUUUUGAAAGAAGAAAUGAAAGGAUUAUAUAAACAAAUUGAACCAAACGAUAAUGAGGAAUCAUUUACUGACGAUGAAAUACCUGUGAAUGAAGCUUUAUAA